UCCUGGUUGCUGCAGGGCGGUCACGUGCAGCGAUGGGCAGGCCUCAAGAACUGGUGCAUGCAUGCGGCCGCUCGCUCAAGCUGUGCGUGCUCCUUCCCCAUCUCCCUCCCCGCUCCCCGCCUGCCCCUCCAACUCUGUUCCCAGUGCUACCGAAGUUGCCUCCACCCGUAGAUCGUCCAGCGCCACCCACCACGGCCUCCCACCCAGCGACCAAUGUCCUCUGAGUCCUCCGGCCCCGGCGAGCCCGGCCUUGCGCCGCCCCAGCCUCUAUCGGGCGACCGCGCCUCCGUCGGGCGCGCAGACUCCUACGCGGACUCCGCCACCCACGCCCCGUACGUCCCCGGCCCCGGCACGACCACCGCGCUCGAGCCCUCCGAGCCCUCCACGCCCGUCGGCGCGUACGCCAGCCCCGCCCUCGCCCCCGCCGCCGCGGAGACCAGCCCGUUCAUCCCGCCCGCCACCGCGGACCCGGAGGCCGCCGCCGCCGCCAAAGACACGAACGCCGGGUCGAAGGAGGCGUUGGCGGGCGCGGGCGCGGUGGGUGUUGCAGCGGCGCGCCCGUGGUACCACUACCGCCGGCCGUGGAUCUGGCUCGUGGGCUUCCUCGCGCUCGCGGCGGUCGUCCUCGUCGUCGUCCUCCCCGUGUGGUUCGUCGCCGUCAAGCCGCACCGCGGAGGGCCGGGCGCGAGCGGGGGUGCGGGCGGUGCGGACGGGGGCGCGGUGACGGGCGGGAACGGGAGCACGAUCACGACGGCGAACGGCACGACGUUCACGUAUACGAACAACUUUGGCGGGUACUGGGUGUACGACCCGGCGGACCCCUUCAACAACUCGGCGCGGCCGAACGCGUGGACGCCGCCGCUCUCGGAGGCGUGGAACUUCAGCACGAACAGGAUCAACGGCGUGAACCUCGGCGGGCUGUUCGUCAUGGAGCCGUUCAUCACGCCCAAGUACUACCAGCAGUACGCGGCCGAGGGCGCGAUCGACGAGUGGACGCUCGACACGGCGUUCCGCGCGAAGGCGAACAUCACGGAGGUGAUGGAGCAGCACUACAGCGGGUUCGUCACGGAGCAGGAUAUCGCUGAGAUCGCCGGGGCGGGCCUGAACUGGGUGCGGAUGCCGAUCCCGUUCUGGGCGAUCGAGACGUGGAGCGACGUGGGCGUCGCGAACGGGACGGCGGUCGCGGAGCCGUUCGUCGCGCGCAUGUGCUGGCAGUACAUCCUGCAGGUGUUCCAGUGGGCGCGCAAGUACGGCAUCCGCGUGAACCUCGACCUGCACACCAUCCCCGGCAGCCAGAACGGGUAUAACCACUCGGGCAAGCUGGGCACGGUGAACUUCUUGAACGGGAUGAUGGGCAUCGCGAAUGCGGAGCGGGCGCUGGAGUACAUCCGGGUCAUUACGGAGUUCGUCACUCAGCCGGAGUACCAGCCGCUCAUCCCGAUCUUCAGCAUUGUGAACGAGGCGCUGCUGCAGACGAUCAGCCUGCCUGUGCUCACGACUUUCUACUUGAAUGCACACUGGAUGGUCCGCAACAUCACGGGCGUCGGCGAGGGCAACGGCCCGUACAUCGCGAUCCACGACGGGUUCAUGGGCACCGCGUACUGGGCGGGCUUCCUGGAGGGCAGCGACCGGAUCAUCCUCGACACGCACCCGUACUUUGCGUUUGAUAACCAGCCGAACAACGAGCCGGUCAACGUGACCGCGAACGGCACGACCGACGCGUCCGUCUAUGGCGGGCAGUGGCCCCAGAUGGCGUGCAGCUCCUGGGGCCCGGGCAUGAACACUAGCCGAAGCGCAUUCGGCGUGACCAUCGCGGGCGAGUUCAGCAACGGCAUCAACGACUGUGGUCUCUGGGUCCGCGGCGUGAACAUCAGCGCGGCGUACGUCGGCAACUGCGACUACUGGGCGGAAUGGGAGUCGUGGAGCGACGAGACCAAGGCGGGGCUCAAGACGUUCGCCCUGGCGAGCAUGAACGCCCUCGGCGACUGGUUCUUCUGGACAUGGAAGAUUGACAGCUCGUCCACGAGCGGCACCGUGGAGUCUCCGCUCUGGUCGUACAAGCUCGGGCUCGAGCAAGGCUGGAUCCCGCGCGACCCGCGCGAGGCCGACGGGAUAUGCGAGUCGCUCGGCGUCGCGCCGAACGCGUGGAACCAGUCGUACGCGUCGUACGCGACGGGCGGGGCGGGCGCGAACGCGGUCGCCGCGUCGUCCGCCGCGGCGUACGGCGUCUGGCCGCCGAGCUCGAUCAACAACGUGCCCGCGGCGAGCACCGGCUUCCUCCCGCAGUACACGCCCACCGCGAGCGUCGUGAGCCUCCCGCCUGCGAGCACGUACACCGCUGCGACGGUGGGCACGGGCAGUGGGUGGGCGGACGGGGGCGAUAGGAGGAGUGCGCCGACUGCUAUUGCGGGGUGUGAGUACCCGGAUGCGUGGAACGCGGUCAAUGCGGCGGUCCCGACGAGCGGGUGUGGGGCUGUGGCGAACGAGAGGAGGGGCUUGCCGCCGCCGGUGGUGACGAGUGUCUGAGCGUGACGUGCGCUGGGGAGGACGGGUGUGCCUCCGGAGUCCACAGCCGCGGCUCGAAUGUUUGGCUGGCUGGCUGACUGACUGACUGACUGACUUUGCUUUGCAUAUACACAUGAUUUACGCGCGCCCGGUCGGGUCGCUUCGCUGCGCCCCUCCCAUCCACACACAGUACCGCGCACUACUACGUUGGCGCAUACAUCGCUACCCUGAUAUACCCUACCCCACCUGACCGCCAUACCCCCGCGAGCACGAAACUUGUUAGGCCCGUAUGUACAUGACGUCGACGAUUCUGCAUGUAGCACUUGCUGGCUGCCUUACAUCUACAUCGAUAUCCUCAUAGACGUUCCGGAUCCCCUCUUCCCUUCCCUUCCCUUCCCUUCCCUUCCCAGCCUC